AUGAGGAAUCUGUUUCUCGCAUCAGCCUUGCUAUGCGCAACUGCAUUUGCAGAUAUCGACUGGACGAAGUCCAUCACUGACGGCGUCACUAACAUAGACAACUUCCCGGAUCUUCUAGAUGCCGACCUCGAUGCCAUUAAUGCCGGUCUAAGUACCUCACUUUUCACCAGCGUGGAUCUGGUCCAGGCAUAUUUAGCACGGAUUCAAGAAGUGCAGGAUGCACUGCACAUUGUCAACGAAAUCAAUCCCGACGCUCUGCAAAUAGCUGCCGAGAGGGAUGCUCAACGCCUCAAUGGGACCAUACUUGGGCCCCUUCAUGGCAUUCCAAUACUACUGAAAGACAAUAUCGCGACUUACGACUCGAUGAAUAAUACUGCUGGCUCUUACGUCCUGCUCGGCACCAAAGUGCCUCGCGAUUCCACAGUAGCUGCGAAACUCAGGGAGGCAGGUGCAAUACUGCUCGGCAAAGCCAACCUUAGCCAGUGGAUGCAAUUCCGGUCUGCAAAUACUACUUCUGGGUGGUCAGCUUACGGUGGCCAGUGUAAAGGCGCAUACGUCGAGGACCAGGAGCCCAACGGCAGUUCUAGCGGAAGUGCUGUAGCGACCUCUCUUGGCCUCGCCUUUGCCGCCCUCGGAACUGAAACUCUGGGUUCCCUGGUCUUUCCUGCGGAAGUGAACAAUGUGGUUGCCAUUAAGCCUACUGUUGGUCUCACUAGUCGAUACCUGGUCGUUCCGAUCUCCGAGCGCCAAGAUACUAUAGGCCCUAUCGCAAGAACAGUCAAGGAUGCGGCAACUGUUCUUCAGUCCAUCGCAGGGAUAGAUCCCAGGGACAACUACACAUCCGCAAUCCCAAACGAUGGCGCCAUUCCAGACUACGUUGCAGCUUGUAGAGAAGAUUCUCUGAGCGGAGUUCGAAUCGGCGUUCCAUACAAUGUGAUAGCUCUCUACUCUGAGUCCCUCGAGCCUUCGCUGCUGUCAGCUUUCGACAAUGCUGUCGAGCAGAUAAAAGCAGCCGGAGCCACAAUCGUUGAUGCCAACUUCACAGCAUUCGAGGAUUUUCAAUAUGAUCAGAACAACUCCCUCGUGCUUCAAGGCGAUUUUGCUAGCGGCCUGUCCGGAUAUCUCGCCGAGCUAACAAACACUCCUACACUCAAGAACUUAUCCGAUGUGAGAAAUCAGACGCAAUCCAACUCAGCCGAAGACUAUCCUGACCGUGACACCCUAAUCUGGGAUGUGAUAAUUGCAUCCAAGGCAAACAACACCAGUCCUGAGUUCUGGCAAGCAUACCAGGACAGUCUGGUCUAUGGCGAUGAGGGCGGCGUACUAGGUGCUCUCAGGCGCAGCAACGCUAGUGCGAUACUGCUUCCGACUCAGUUCUCAGCUGCUCUGCCUGCGAUUGUUGGGAGUCCGAUCGUCACGGUUCCCAUGGGCGCAUACGACAACAGCACGGUGAAAGUCAUGAAUGAACGGGGCAACCUAGUCAGAACCGCAUCUGGAGUACCUUUCGGUCUGGCAUUUUUGGGCGAUCUUUGGAGCGAAGCAGACCUGAUCGGGUAUGCCUACGCUUACGAACAGAGGACUAAGAAUCGCGAGAAACUCAAGCCUUUGAUCUUUCCGAAGACUUCGCUGGCGGAUGUCAAGGAGAAUGCAACAACACAGUCUUCCGACGAGACAAGCAAUGGCACUACCUCUACCGGCCACGCCAUCAACGUGCAACCCCCUCUGCUCAACACCAUCGUCCUCGGAGCGCUCAUCGGCGCGUUCAUGAUCGAAUACUUCCGCCCAUUCUAA